AUUCUCUUCUAGUUCUGCCUAUGAUAAUGUCAACAAAGUUCGAGUUGCUAUAAAGAAAAUCAGUCCUUUUGAGCAUCAGACAUACUGCCAGAGAACUCUGAGAGAGAUUAAGAUCCUACUGCGCUUCAGGCAUGAGAAUAUUAUUGGAAUAAAUGAUAUUAUCAGAGCUCCAACUAUUGAACAAAUGAAAGAUGUAUACAUUGUGCAAGAUCUUAUGGAGACGGAUCUUUACAAGCUCUUAAAGACUCAACACCUCAGCAACGACCACAUUUGUUAUUUCCUUUACCAGAUUCUGAGAGGGUUAAAAUAUAUCCAUUCAGCCAAUGUGCUUCAUCGUGACCUCAAACCUUCAAAUUUGCUGCUUAACACCACUUGUGAUCUCAAGAUUUGUGACUUUGGACUGGCUCGUGUUGCAGAUCCAGAUCAUGAUCACACAGGAUUCUUGACAGAAUACGUGGCCACACGUUGGUACAGGGCUCCUGAAAUCAUGCUGAAUUCUAAGGGUUAUACCAAGUCUAUUGACAUCUGGUCAGUAGGCUGUAUUCUGGCAGAGAUGCUCUCCAACAGACCUAUCUUUCCAGGAAAACACUACCUUGACCAACUUAACCAUAUCCUUGGUAUACUUGGAUCCCCUUCCCAAGAAGAUUUGAAUUGUAUAAUAAAUUUAAAGGCCAGAAACUACUUGCUUUCCUUACCACACAAAAAUAAGGUACCAUGGAACAGGCUGUUUCCAAAUGCUGACCCCAAAGCACUUGAUUUGUUGGAUAAAAUGUUGACCUUUAAUCCUCAUAAGCGGAUUGAAGUGGAGCAAGCUUUAGCCCAUCCAUAUCUGGAGCAGUAUUAUGAUCCAAGUGAUGAGCCUGUAGCUGAAGCACCCUUCAAGUUUGAUAUGGAGUUGGACGACUUGCCGAAGGAAAAACUGAAAGAACUGAUUUUUGAGGAAACUGCUAGAUUCCAGCCAGGAUACCGAUCUUAAAUUGUGCAUAGGACAAGGACUUAAAGGACUGGGCAUGCUCAAACGUUGCUGUUCCUCUUCCCAGUUCUUUAUUGUUGGUCAUGUCUUGUGGCCUCUCUCAGCUUAUCCACUAACUCCUUUGAGCCAUUCAGGAGGGCAGUUCCUGGUAGUUUUGGCUUUUCAUGCUUUCAAUGAAUCUUUUAAGCCUGAAGAAUUGUAAUUGACACUCCUAUGCGUAAUGCCCAUUGUUGACCUGUUGCAGUACUGUACUGUAAGUGCACCUACUGCUGGCCGUAUUUUAACUGCUUGCUUUCUGGUUUGAAAGAUGCAGUGGUUCCUUUCACUCCUGGAUCAAUAUCCAAGAAGAUAAUUCAUUAACCUGUAAGACGUUUACACCAUGAACUAUAUUUUUCUGACUUUACUGAAGUCGCUGGCAUUUUUUUUAGAAAAGCUACUAUUCAGGGCACUUUAAGUCAGUGACAUCCCAGAUUUUUUUUGCACUUCCUUUUUAAAUAGAAAUGGUUAGCAUCCAAUGGAAUUUAUACCAUUAUGCUACGGAUUACAGCAUAAGUCGUGUUCAUGUUAAUCUUGCUUAUGCACUUGUUUGGGUGUCCUGUGCUGUACAUACAGGUAUUCUAUACAGCGUAAGAGCCACAUAGGAACCCAACUUAAUUGACUUCAUCUGAGAAACAUUUUUUUCCAUGUAUUGACAAAAUUUGUACCUAUUUCUCCCUGCCUUUUCUAAAAGAGAUCAUUUAAAGUUUAACCAUGUUGGAGGCAUAGUACUUCCAAAGUUCAUACCAUGUAAUAUUGUUUAUAAGAGUUGUGCAAAGAGAGUGAGUGGCAGCUCGCCAACUUAUAUUUACUCACCGUGUGGUGGAAGAUUAACAAAGAACAUAAUGGCAUGAUGACCUAAUGGUGAAUGCUUUUCUCUGUGGAAGGCACCCAUAUGUGGUGGCAAGCGAGAAACCAAAAUACGAUGUUAAUAAACUCAGCCUACAUCCUGCAUACCAAUGAAAUGCUUCAAAUGAGGAUUGAUAGUUUUUACAUUUGAAUCUAAUCACUGACAUUCAGAAUUCUUGCAGAGAGGAACACUGCAUCUUUAAAUGAGAAAGUUUGAUUUUACUUUUGCUCCUACAGCAUGUCAGCAUCUCAAGUUCAUUUCUUGCAACCUACACUAUGGUGAUUUGUAAUCAAGCCUCCAUGAGCUCGUGACAUGAAGUACUGUUCUGUUGUCAAGUACUAUCAAACUUUUCUGAUAAUGCUGAGUUAGGACAACCAAACAAAGCUAGCACUAAAUAAUGUUUAAAAUUGUAUACCUUUUAAUGAUCUUUUCAAGUAUUUGUUACUGAAAUUGUAUAAUGUGGAGUUUACUAGGUGUUAUGUUCCAGUGCAGUGCCUCCUUUUCUUUCCCCACUGCUCUCUGUGGUGAGAAAUUUGCCUUGUUUAAAAUAAUUACUGUGCCCUCGCAUGACUGUUAAAGCUUUCUGUGCAAAGAUGAUUGUCUAAGUGCCACAUGCCUAUGAUUGAGAAAAAAAAUAAUCUAUUGUUACCUCUGAGUUGUGUUCAACUGAAAUGCUAUUCAACAAAUAACUUAGGAAAAAUAGUUCUAUUUUUAGCUUUUCAUAUCUCUGCUGUCUUUUUCUCAUUUUAUUUUGGCAGCAGUGAAGAAUGGAUUGUAUAAAGACUGCUUGCUAAUAUGAACAAAAUGCACUUGUAAUUCCUGGAAAUAAAUUUAAAUCUUAUAUCUUCACAUUAACAUUAAGGAUUAGUUUUUGGUUUCCUCUUGGGUAAUGUGUUUGAAUGGAAAUCAGGUUCAAUUGCUACUGUAGUAUAUAAGGAUGCUUGCUGGUUAAUAACUCCAGGCUUCCUCAUACCAUUUAGUCUGCUCUUCAAAGAAAUCUAGAAAGCCAUUAACUUAGACUUCAAUAGAUAAGGGUGCUUACAAGAUUCCAUUUCCAAAUUUUCUUUUUCUUAUAGUUUAAGUGUUAGUCUGCCAAAACUAAUUUUUAAUAAGCAAGGGUUCAUCAUUAAAGGGCAUUUUCUAUUAGGAAGUUCCUGUGGUACAUAGAUCUCUGUUGCGGGGAACAUAUUAGGAGCAUUGUCAGGACACUGCACGAGUGAUCGUUGAAUUGUGGUAUGGAACCUAUGCUAAAAACAUUUCUAUAGAAAUACGCACUUGACUGUUGAUACUAGUGUAGAAAUUUCUCUUGAUGUUUCUACACAUCUUUACCAAAAUGCUUUUCUCGCUCAGUUUUGAAAAGUUGAAAUAUUUCUAGAAUCUCUGCUACUUGUAAGAUCAUCAUUACUACAGGAAUCAUUUUUGGCAUGGUUGGAAAGAUGACUGUUACUGAAAUUAGUCUGUAACACCUCGGUUUUAAUUUAUUAAGGAAGAACUUCGGCAGCUUGCUUCACCCUUCUCUUUCCCAAUUCUUUUUUUAAUACUUCCUUUCAUUUGGAAUUUUUGGGGAGGUGUGGACUUACAUUCUGUCUCUCCACGUGAGAAGCCGAGGGUUUGCUUUACCUAACGUCUGGUGCUUUUGGGUUUCCUUCCUUAGCUAUUCUUGCUGAAUCCAAUUGGCAUCCAUCAGUAUCAGUAACUACAUUCAUCAAUCUUUUACUGAAUUCAGUAAACGUUGUUGGGUUGAAUUUGUUGAUGCGUCAAAUGCAGAAUCAUGAUUUAUUUUUUUUUUGGUUAGACUUUGAAAAUAGUUUAAAAGAAGGUGCCUAUAACAACACUGUGUUAGGUCAGUUAUUUAAUCAUUUUACAUUGGGUUGUUUUUCUUUAUGUGGUUUUUGUAUUUUAGAGCGGAGAACAGCAACUCUUAAUCGAAGUAACAUGCAUAUUUCAUGGUAAAGAUGUUUUGGGAAUAAGGAAUGUAAACAGUUCACUGUCAAAAACAUUCCAACCUUCAGCUGAAGAAAAAUAUGCAAAGAUAAAAUUCUCUUGGAUGCUUUGGCAAAUGAGCAUCUUGCUCUGCUGUCCUGACUGUCGCCAGACUCUUCCUCAUCAAUAUCACACGUUAUAUCAAAUCUGAAGUGUCCAACACACUACAUGGGCUGAGCGGUGUGGUGCGCUAUGAGCUUUCAGGAGUAGCAGUGAUGACAUAACUCAGCAGUGGCCAAAUGAAACCCAAGAUGUUGAGCAUGGUUUUCCUUACAGAACGAGAAAAGAAAAACCUGUUGUUGCUGCCCACUGUAAUAUGCUACAAUAUAUUUAUACCAUGUCGAAGUUGUUUGCUGAGCAACUGUACUAUAGAUUUAAACUUUAUUAAUAUAUAUUUGCUUAUGUUAGUGUAGUUUAUAUAGUCCUUGGUUAUUGAUAAAUUUAUUGUGUUGUUACAGCACAGUGAUAUGGUAUAAAUAUAGGUUUAUACAUACACACCGUAUACUCAUGAAUUUGGUCCCUUGCAUAGUACUUUUAUAUUUGUACAGCAAUGUCUUCAAGUAAUCCCAGAUUUUAGGGGAAAUAUUUUUGUAAAUGCCGUUUAAACAAAAAAGUCCAAACAAUCCUUUUACUUAGUUUUAAAUACAUUUGUGGUUCAAAAUGGUUUAGUUAACAAUUGAAAUCAAGACACUAAAUUAGUGAAAAGUGCACAUUAGUAAAGUGAAGCUUACAGUGGUUUUUGUAGCAUGUGCUGUGAUCAAACUAAGUGAAACAUUGGAGGAAAUGUAAAAGUUGGACUACCUUUGUAAAUCUAGAACAAAUUUCUAAAGGUUGCAGCUGGUUUACUUACUAUUGUUGCCUUUUCUUGUGUUGUAUCAGUGUAGAGCACUCUUAAAAUACUCAAACUGCUUUGUCUUUGCUUUGUACUGUUGGUGCCUUCUUAGUCAUGUACCCCACAAGUCCUGCAUAGCUAAUUUAGUUAAUGGUAAGUUUAAAACAAAAAAGCAAAGGAAGAUUUUAUAUUAAAAAAAUAAAUAAAUCAUUUUCUGUAUGUUCUUAUUCAUUGUAACAAUUAAACGUUUAUAUUGUGACAGAUUUGUGAUUUGGUUAAUCUGUAUAGAUCAAUUGUAAGUAGCAAAGGUUUAUAUUUCGUCUUAUUCUUUUGAUGUUGUAAACGUAUGUGAUUUUCUUUUUUAAAUCAGGUAACUUAAUGUUCUGUUUUGUUUUUGGCAUCUGAAUCUUGUAAAAACAAAUGCAAAGAAAAUCAUUAAAUUGUGUCCCUGUAUUACCAAAUCAGCAUAGUACUGUGCGUAUAUAGAAUGAAUGGAAUUGUGCUUUAAAAUGACCUGCUGUUUUCUAAUCCAUAAAUACACUGAUGUGUUACAUUGACUUAUCUGAAAAAUGACUGUCACUUGAACACUGCAGUAGUGAGCAGCCUACGUUUAUAUUUGUAAAUACUUGAGUGUGUUUGUUCCACUGUAUGACUAUACCAGCUUGAAAUUAAAUUAGGGAAGCCAUCCAAAAAACCACAGGUGAAGUUUCUUUAUAGACAGGCAGAAAUCUGUGGUGCAAGAAAGUUAUGAAAUCAGUAUUUUGAACUGUUGCACACAGAGUAAUGCAAAUAGAUUCCAGUGUAUCUGAUGAUUCACAGGCUUUUUUGACACUCUUUAUAUUGAUAUUCAUGUAGCUAUCGCACUGUUCCCGUGAAAUCUUGAAAAUAAUUACUUGAGCAAUCCUUAGAGACCAAAUGUUUUCAUUUUACUACAAAAAGGUUCUUCUCAGGCCAAGGUUUUGAAAUGUGGUUUCUGGGAGCACUGCAAGUAAGCUUACAUCACUGUAAUGGGCUUUUAAUUAAUUAAAAAAAUUUAUUUUAGCCUAGAAUCAGACUGUGCCAAAGAACUGAACUCUUAAAAGAUGUAGUUGGAAAAUGGCAGCUAGAAACUUCUCUAAAUAAUAUAAAAAUAGAAAGUGUGACCUGAAACUGAAGAGAGCUUAGCUGUAACUGACAGGUCUGUAAAGACUCUGAGAAGUGGCUUGUCCCAAUUAAUCUCUCCAUCCCCUCUUUGGCUUUCACAGCGGAGUGUGUCAUUUUUUCCCCAGAAUAUUACAGAAUCUAAUUUUUGCCAUAGACAGGUUUAUGAGUGUUCUUACUUUUUCACUGGCUGUAGCUGCCUCUGGCUCCCUCUGUUCCCCCUAGCAGAAUGCUGCUUUCACACGGCGUGUACUUCAGUGGUUGCUUCAAGGUGUAACUGCGCUGCAGCUCGUCUCGGUGGAGGUUUUGACAAGCUACUGACUGACUUAAUGCUCUUGUAAUCCUUGUUUAAGUAGGGUUACUUUGAAAUACCACGCGUAUUUCCUGUAUUUCACCAGGACGGGACACUGAUCCUCUCUAUCUGUAAGCUUAAAGUAUAGCGGGCGCUCUUCAACUGUUGGAGUCAGAGACUGUAGAGAUGGGCGCUUGGGUCUGGGUGUGGGCUUGUGGUUUGUGUGGGCUGGCCUGUGUCAGUGGGAGCCCCCCGGUGCCCUGGAAGCUGAGCUGCCCUGCGGGGGCAGACGGUGUGCCCGGAUACAACGGUUUGCGAGGAACUACUUUGGAGUACAAGCCCCCUGUUUUGGAAGAGAUACUAGUGUAGGUUGGAUGGCACCAAGCUUUGUAGAGCUCUGAGCCCAGGACUUCCUCUGCGGUCCAAAGAUGCAGAUUUCAAUUUCAGUUAUUCUUUCUAGUACAUUGCAUAUACCUAAUGCUUGACAAGCUUGAAAAAUACAGAAAACAUUUGAGGUGUGUAGAAGACUUUAGAAACUUCAGCACAUCAGUACAUGUCUGUUGAUGGUUAUCUUACUCUGAGGUAUCUUUUCACCACAUGUGAAACUCUUCAGCUGGCUUCAGGAGAGCCCUAGAGCAUGAACUCUGUUUCCGAAGGCAGCUUUGGUGAGUCUGCAAAGCAACAUCCUGGUGCUCUGCCGGGUGCAAGAGGUGGCCGGUGGUCAUGUCCCUCAUCAGGAACGGGGUCCCGCUCGUGCAGUGUUCAUGUGAAGGCCAAUCUUGGAAGUUAGAUACCAGAAUUGUUCUGUAACCCCUCUAUCUUCCCCCCUUUAUAAGUUACACUGAUGAUUUUCCUUCAGGUGUUUUCCAGAACUCUGCCUGUUUUUUCAGUAUAUCUUGUUAUUGACAAUUUACUUUUCUCUUUGUCUUCCUGUUCCAACUAAGUCUAAACAAGUUCCAGUGGUUCCAAAAUUUUUCUUCUAUAGGACUCAUGAGCUUUCUGAUGACAAAAGAUUAUUGAUCCCGUUAGUUAAACUGAUGUAGAUGCAGUGAGGAGGUAAGCAAGAAGGCUGGAAGGUCUCCCAAGACUCUUCCCAUUGAAAGCACAGCGUGUGAUGUGGUAACUGUGUUUUCUGGGAAGGCAAUGUUAAAAUAGACAUAAGGAACAGCAAAGAAUGAUGAUGCAUUUGGCUGAGAUGUGGCACGUUGCUCUUGGGAACUUCUGCCUGAAGCCCAACAGUCACUGGUUCCAACUUUUCUUUUUGACUCUAAAUCUUCAAAUACCUUGUGAAUACUGAAAGCUCCCUGCUGUUUCCCUAAAAUUGCCCCUCAUCUUUCAACACACAGAGCUCAUUUCCUUAAGUUCCUUCCCUUUUUGGGUGUGGUAGAGAAAUGUGUGAUCCUUCGAGCUUUUCAUUUUACUUGGUACAGAGGUAGCUUAUGUUUGUACAUGGAGGCUGAAAAAAGAAGCCCUGAAGUAUUCUAUUUCUGAUUUCCCAGAAAAGAACAAGAAAUACCCUGACAUCAUGCUGGGUUUGCAGCAUUUUCUUAUCUAAAAAUGAGUUAAAAAAUGCUUUAUCUCGUGAAUCUUUCUGUGAGUUUGCGUGACACUCAACUGUAUAAGCUCUCGACUGAAAUGCUCUUCCAUGUCUCCUUCCUUUGCUGCUUGGACUGGGCUGACCCUUGAUCUUGCUGAGUUACUGUCUUCCAGUGACACUUUUCUUCCUCAGGGUUUUACAUUUUCCAUGUUGGUAUUUUUCUUCAAAGUCCUUUGUCUACUACGACUGGCUCAGUGAGUUCACUUCUUACUUUAUCUUGCCUGGCUGUAGAUUAUCUACAGUCUCACAGCUUAACUUUUGUUUGAAUUUUGGUUUUUCUCCUUCUGUAAAGCUGAGCCAAGGACACAGCUGUGCUUCACAGAGCUGGGCUCUGGGUACGGCCGCUGGCUUUGGGGAGGAAGCUUGCGGAGCUCGGAGCAGCUCCUCUCCUGCGGCCAGUCACUGCAGUGCCCGGGAUGGCGCCAGCUGAGGCGUUGCACAGGAGAGUGAUCUCUUCAUUCCACCUUACGAUUUUAAUGCUGACCUUGAAUACACAACCCAGAAAUAACAAUGGAAAAGUUUAGUCUCUCUAGCCAUGAUGCAUGCUUCAGCAUGUUUGAAAACUGUUUCAAAAUUCAGGCUUUUCUAGCAAAAAAGUAAUAAAACCCAAAGCUGUAAAAGAAUGCCAUAGGAAUUUUUAAAAUUUGCUAUUACUAAAAGACUUGAGAUGCAUCUCUUACGGUUUUGUUGGGUGUGUGGUUUUGGUUUUUUUUCUGUUAGAUCCAGGACUAAAUAGCUUGUUCUGAAGAUGUUUUUCUGCCUUAAAACUGCAAAUGCAAAAAUGUUGAAUAUUCAGUAUUUUCACUUGAGACUCACUGAACUGAUUAUAUCCUAAGUGUGCUGGAAGAUUUUUUAGUCAAGUCUUUCUCCUAUUUCACCUUUAAUUUCAAUAGCUAGUACUUAAAAAGGUAAUUUUGACUAAAAAAAAACCUUUCUAUGUUCCUGGAAGUGUUAAAACUCACAAAUAUUCUAACUUGUAGUUGAGACGUCAUAGAUUCAGGAGUUCAAACUUUAGACUUUUUAAUGCAUUCUGUGUUCUUAAAAAGCUUUUUGUUAGUUUUUGUACAUGUAUAUACUUUCGCAGGCUUUUUGAAUAGGUAUGCCGCAGUUAUGGAAGAAACACAAAUUUUUGCAGGCCAGCUUACGCACUCAAAAAUACUUAAAUGCAUGUUGUUGAUGUCACUACAGCUACAUGUUCUAAAACUGUGGUUGGUGUCACAUGCAGCGUAAGUGCAGCACUCCAGGCAAAGGUGUGGGGAUUAAGGAAAAAAAACCUCUGGUCAUUUCUUAAGCAUUCUUUUGUAGCUAAACUUAAUUUAUAAACUUGUUUUUGAGAGUGUGUUUGGUAUUUUAAGAGAACUGUAUUAAGCUGUUUUUACAGCUGACUUGGUGACAUUUUUCAAAGUAUAAUACGCUGUUGUUCCAGCAUGGCAAAGGUCUGCGUAAUUCAUGUGUGCUCAACUUAAUCACUGGUUUUCUUCUUGUGACAAUACAUGGCACUGUACCAAAAGCAAUAUAUCCUGUGUGUAGUUAGUAGUGGAAAUAAUUAUUACUGUGCAGCUUUUAUUUUCAUUGUCUUUCCAGCCACUAGCAUGGAUCGUGUGCAUUGACAGUUGCUCCAGGCUAUUAAAGAUGUCUGGGGGGAAAAAAAAAAACAGUUCUGAAUAAUACUUUUUUGCUUUCUGGAAGCUGCUGCUGUACUUUGAAACAGAAAAGGGUUGCAUCUGAUGCUGCAUUAAGCUUAUUUUCUUCUGAGUCUUAUCACCAGAAUACAUCUAGAUCUAGAGCGUUUCUCCGGAAUUGCUCCUCCACAUUUUCCUCUUGAGAAAGGCCCAGGCUCAGCACCAGCAUCGUUAGAGCCAAGGAUUAUAAGAGAGCGGAAGGGCUUUUUUUUCUCUGCUUGAUUUUGGGAUUCUGCUAAGCUAUGCUCAGCCUUAUUAGAUCACAGCACUGUAAAAAGACUUGUGGAAUGCUGCAACUGGUUUUGCUCACCUGCUACUUAACUCGAGACCAGAUAAGACCGCGCAGGCAAUAUGCAAUGCAUGGGAACUCUAAGUUCUGUCCCUCCUGCCCCCCCAGUAGCAAUUCUGCACUACUGGCUCUGCAAGUAAACCAGCCCUGGAUAACUUUCCCUUCAAAGACGGAAGCUUUGUUUUUCCUUUCUGGGUGCUCAAAAGGGCAAGAUAUUAAGACCGUUCUCUCCCCACCACUUGCGUUUGACUGCUAGUGUGUAGUAUUCAUCAUACUAAAGUGUCACUGUACAAAAAUUUUAAUGCUGUAGAACUAACAGGGCUGAAGAACUUGCUCUUCUCGACAUGUAUAUUCCUCCUCGCUUUCAGUCUGUAGAAAAAUACCUACUUUCAGUUAUAGCUGAACAGCUUUGCUGCACUCUCUGCGCACAUUUUUCUCUGCUGCCUCCUACUCUUCUUAGAUGUGACUUAUUUUACUGCUAAUGGUGUUAUAAAAACUGUAGUACUACAGGUGUCAUGUGGUAACUUGUAAAUAAAAUUACUGUAAA